AGCGACAGUAAACGGACGCUGCGCGCAGGGUGUCAGUCUCUUCGCUACCGAAAAAAAAAGUUAAGGCUGGAAAAAGAAAACAACGCGAGUUUGCUUGAUUAUCGCAGCAACAGCAGCCGCCGCAAAGGUCAUAAUGGAGAUCGUGUACGUGUACACAAAGAAGCGCAGCGAGUUCGGCCGGCAGUGCAAUUUCUCUGACCGGCCAGCAGAGCUUCAUGUGGACAUCCUGCCAGAUCCCACGCUGGCUGGGAACUUCAUUGAGAGGAACCCUUGCGACACGCCGAUUCAGUGUGUCCAGGAGAUGUCCGAGCACGAGGUGAACACAGAGAGGUUUGCGACUGAAACGCGGGGGAUAAACCAUGUAGAAGGGGGCUGGCCAAAGGAUGUGAACCCCCAAGAGAUGGAGCAAACAAUGCGCUACAGGAAGAAAGUGGAGAAGGACGAGAACUACGUGAACACCCUUCUGCAGUUGGGCAGUCUUAUGGAGCACUGCAUCAAACAGAACAACGCCAUCGAUAUUUAUGAGGAAUAUUUCGGAGAAGAGGAAGACGUGAUAGAAGGUACAGAAGAGCCCCCCUCAGCCAAAACCAUCAAUGUUUUCCGAGACCCCAAUGAAAUCAAGCGUACUGCCACCAGCUUGUCCUGGCACCCUGAUGGAGGUAGGAAGCUGGCCAUAUCGUAUUCUUCACUGGAGUUCCAGCACGGCAGCAAGGAAAUGAGUUUUGACUCCUACAUAUGGGACCUCGAGAACCCCAACAAGCCAGAGAUGACCCUGAAGCCCGUGUCACCUCUCGUGUGCCUGGAGUACAACCCCAAAGACUCGCACAUCCUUGUUGGCGGCUGCUACAACGGGCAGAUUGCUUACUGGGACACAAGGAAGGGCAGUCAACCGGUGGAGAUGUCAACGGUUGAACACAGCCACCGAGACCCAGUCUACAAGGUCAUCUGGUUGCAGUCCAAAACCGGCACAGAAUGUUUUUCCACGUCCACUGAUGGGCAGGUGUUGUGGUGGGACAUUCGAAAGAUGAGUGAACCGACAGAAAAGCUGGUCCUUGACCUGAGCAAGAAGGGGAACCUGGAUAGCUCACUUGGUGCAAUCUCACUGGAGUUUGAAACCACUAUGCCAACAAAGUUCAUGGUGGGAACAGAGCAAGGGAUGGUGGUUUCGUGCAACAGGAAAGCCAAGACACCAGGAGAGAAAAUUGUCUGCACAUACAGUGGCCACCAUGGGCCAAUCUAUGCACUGCAGAGAAAUCCAUUCUUCCCCAAAAACUUUCUCACAGUGGGAGACUGGACAGCACGAAUCUGGUCUGAAGAUAUUAAGGAGUCCUCCAUUAUGUGGACCAAGUAUCACAUGGCUUAUUUAACGGAUGGCUGUUGGAGUCCAAUUCGGCCCUCAGUUUUCUUUACUACAAAGACAGAUGGCACACUGGAUGUAUGGGACUUCUUAUUUAAGCAGAAUGAUCCAACACUCAGUGUUAAGGUGUGUGAUGAGGCUCUGUACAGCCUGAGGGUCCAGGACAAUGGACGCUUCCUCGCCUGUGGCUCCCAUCUGGGCACAGCCACUCUGCUGGAGAUCUCUUCUGGAUUGUCCACCCUGCAGAGGAAUGAGAAAGCCCUGGCUACUGCAAUGUUCGAGCGCGAGACCAAACGCGAGAAGAUCCUAGAGGCACGCCACCGUGAAAUGCGGCUUAAGGAGCGCAGCCGCUCAGAGCAAGGCAAAGAGGAGGAUGCAAAGGAUGGUGAGACAGAGGAGAACCCUGAGGACUUGGUGGCACAGGCUGAGAAAACCUUCUUUGAGAUUAUAGAAGCUGAACGCAGGAAAAAUGAAGAAGAGGAGCAGAAGAUACAGGCUGAAAUGAGCAAGGAGAAAGAGGACUCUGAAGAGAAGGAAAUUGAUGAGAUGGAGGAUAAACAUGAAGAAUGAGUUGAAAGAACAAGUCGAAGGAGAAAAGACUGGCACUGUUACUUAGGAUCGAUGCUCAAAGAACAGCAUACACCUUGAGGGAAAAUCAUUAUUUCCCUUUAUGUUACUUAAUGCUGCUUGUGGGUAACAGAUUAUUGAGAAAUCAUGAGGACCUUUUUUGGAGACUGCAGUUAUCAUAUUAAGAUAGAAAAUGUGUAUAGAUGGAUAUUUUGCAAGUACUUUACUCAAUAUUUAUAAAAUAAUAGAAAAACCAUCAGGCUUUCUGCAAUUCCAUCACAUGCCCAAGAGGAGAUCAAACUCUACUCUACUCAUUUCUCUUUCAGUUUUUUGUAAUUAAGAGGCAUUAUCAAAACUCCAGAUAACCAUAGGUUUAUAUUAACUUGUGCAUUUUGAUUCUAAAUACGAGAGUCACUGAAUGAAUAAAACAAGGGAAGGUGACCACCUGGAGAAAUUCAUCUUGAGGAUGAGAAAAUGAAAAAGACUCAACUGGAAUGAGGAGUAUUGAAUUAUUAAAAUGUUAGUGUCCUAGCAAAACAGCUGUGGGUUCUUUCUACAAGAAUGACCACCAGCUUUUACAGCGAAUUGCAGGUACUUCAUUUUGGAUGGACAACAUCUGAAUAAGCCAAGUAGUUACGAAAGAUCCAUUAAAAAAAACAAAUGCAGAACAUGAU